AUGCCUUCUACUUCUCCCAUUGCGCUCAUCUUCGGAGCCGGUGCCAACGUCGGGCAGAAUGUUGGCCGGGCAUUCGCAGCCAAAGGCUACAGAAUCGCCUUAGUAUCCAGGAGCCUGAAAGAAGAAGACAGCAGCUCCUCCAAGGUUCACAUCCGGGGCGAUUUCACUGAUCCCGCUUCCAUAGCUGAGAUCUUCUCAAAGGUGAAAUCGCAGCUCGGAACUCCAUCGGUGGUAGUUUAUAACGCUGCUGCCGCAACUCGCCAAGAUGCGAAGAAUCCCCUGGGUCUCCCUCUGAAGGAUUUUGUUCGGGACUUCUCUGUGAACACAACCAGUGCUUUCGUCGCGGCCCAGCAAGCCGUGCUCGCCUUCGAGCAGAUGCCCGAGUCUGCAUCGCGGACCUUCAUCUUCACGGGCAACUGCACCAAUGUCGCGCCCAUCGUGGCGCUGAUGGGCAGCGGCGCUGGCAAGUCCGCCACGGCCCAUAUCAUCCAGUGUGCGGCAGAAGCGUACAAAGACAAGGGUUACAAAUUCUACUAUGCCGAUGAAAGAAACGCCGAUGGCUCGGCCGUGUACAGCGCCGUCGAUGGACCAGCCCACGCCAACUUCUACACCGAGCUUGCUGAGGGAACCUCACAGGGACCGUGGCAGCAGACCUUUGUCAAGGGGGUUGGAUACAAGAAGCUGUAG